GGAGGUAGAACUCAAAUGUAAAGCAGCUUCUUAGCCGACAAAAACUGUUCGACAUAAUUGCCUUCAAGCAGAGUACCAUGUUCAAAUCUGCAAAAAUCAGAUGACAUCGGCGCCUCUGAGCGAGAGACAAGGACGACCCGCACAUAGGCGUUCGUCAUUACUGAGGGGAGUACUGAGUACUCACCAUGCUGCCAGCAUUGGCGUGCUAUUUUGCAUAAACUGAACACGGUAUAAUACGUUAAUCAAUGAUCACACCCUUUAUAUUUUUAGAUUGGGACUCUGUGAAAGCAGAUUGAAAUAGAAAGACGGCUACCAAGAGGUGUUCUGGAGACUGUGGCUGCGAACAGAAAUACAAAUGGCACAGGUUGCUCGCUUACGAUCCUGAUAAUGAUUGUAAAGGUAUUUUUAUGGAUUGGUUCCUGUUUCCUUCGUGCUGCGUCUGUAGAUGUAAUCCUAAUUGAUACACGCCAAUGUUACCCAAAAGAUACGUUAGAUAAAUCGAUAUGAUAGUUUUAACUAGGAAUCUUCAAAAGUUCCGUUCCACAAGGAGACAGUCAACAAAUAAUCUGAUCGUUAUUAUAUAUUUUCUAAAUUUGAAUUCGAAUAUUUCACUGUGUCAGAUUUUCUGCAUGACUCUCUAAGGUUUGGUUUUUCUGUUAUGAUCUCCUGUCACUCUCUCCGUGUGGCAUAUUGCUUUUAAAUAAGUUUUCAUCCUGCGAAACAGACUGUUUUGAAUGAAUUUCCUGAAACAAAAAGAAUAUUUUUUUACAAAAUCGUCCAUUUAAAUUGCGGGCAAUUUUUGAAAACAACGUCUCAUCGAUUUAUCUAGUUUUGCAUUUUAAAUGUAUUCCAAAUCAGGAAUGUGUACUGAUCGAAUUGUGAAAAUAAACAGAUACAAUGGUAUAAUGAUAUAAUGCUAGACGGUAAUGUAGUUGAGAUUAUUUUAUACAUUAUUAUUUGUGGUACAUCUUAAGCAAUUUUGUUAGUUAAAAUGUAAUUGUAUGUAGCCAAAGAUUUAUAAUUACCUUAAUAUAAAUAGUCCAGGAUUAUGAACUAGGCUUGAAAUUUGCAGAUCACAUAAAAACCAAGAGAUAACUCACCUUUACAACUUAAAAGCAAGUUACACCUACUAUAUGAAAUGUUUGUGUUGUUUCUGAUAAUGGAUUCUUUCAAUUUUUAUGAAAUUUAUUUUCAUCAGUGAAAACCAUAUAUAAAACAACAGUAAAUCUUAAAAAGUAGUUAUUAAACGACUGACGAGAAAAAUAGUAAAAACUUGAAGUAAACACUUUAAAGUUGUAAUCGAUUAACAUCCUGGACUAUUAAAAAAACUAGAGAAUCUUACCGUAAAAUAUUACCCAUCUUUUUAUUAAUACAUACUUUCUUGUGCUUUGACAACCAUAUGCCGAAACUACUACAGGAAAUUUUAUAUUCUUAAUUAUUCAUUUUUUGUAUCCGGAAUUCUUGAUAGAGAACACAAACUAACCCAGAACGUAUCAAGAAUAAUGUAUCACUUCUUUAAGUAUUAAUUUUUUUGGAACAUACAUAAUAUAUAAAUUAUGAAUGCAGCUAGCACCUAAGAAUAUGAUAGCACUUUCACUGUGUUGCAAGGUGAUUUUCUCAUGAGCAUAAUAAUUGUAUGUAUGUUUAUUCACUGUAGUAAAAGUAGAUUUAACUUAAAAUUUAGCAAAAUGUUUGUAGAUAUUAGUAAUUUUAUAAAAAAGUUAGUUUUUAUCAGAAAAUACACAUAGACUGUAUUGGUUCGACUUGGCGUUGUCAAAAUUUUAAUCCUCAAAUGAAUCAACUCAAAUAAUUGCAUAGUAUUAAAUCAAUGUAAAUAGCGCAAUAAGUGAUUAAAAUAAUCAACUUUGCAUAACUUUGUUCGUUACCAUUAGAUAGUGUAGCUAUUUCAGUAUUUUCGUCACACAGACACACAGUUACCAUUCCUUAAAAUCAUUGUAUUCAUAUAGUGAGAAUUUUCACUAAUAUACGCUGCCAUGUUUGUGUGUGUCUAAUAAAUUACUUUGCAUAAACUUCGUACGUUUCUUUACUUUUACUCCUACAUUCCCAUACUCCCAAAAUAU